AUGUGCCCACAAUGCUUCAGGGCCCACUUGCAUGCAGUGGUGAGUAUAAAACUAAAACAAAGACAACUAUGACCGUGCAAAAUUUUUCUUUGACUCUGACGGUAUUAUCAGCUAAAACUAUGUUCAAACGGACGGGGUCAACAAUGUUUGGAGUUUUUAACCUCCGUGUUGCCAGUGGAGUGAACACGGUUCCACAACUCCCAUCAAUGUUAGGACCUGCAGUGCAUCGUGGGAAGGAUACAACCCAUAAGACUUUGAAGACCAUGUGUGGCCCCAACAAUUUAACAUUUCGUGGUCCAGCUCCUUUAGUGGUUGCCAAUUUGUUUUGUUUUCAGUACUCCGACACAGCGCUGUACACUCAGCUAUUGUAUUUCUCGCGCUUGUUUGACUUCGAUCACGCCGUGAAAAAUGCAAAAACAGGUCAGUAUUUUGAGUAAGUGCCGAGUGUGAGUAAAAACGUUAUUUACCCUCAGUAGUUUCAUCAAAUAACUUUACGAUAAAGUAUCUUUUCUUCUCAAAAGCCGUGCUUAAAAAAAAUAUAUGUUUAUAUCUAAAACUAUAGCGGCUAAGAAGAGAUCGCACACUCUAUGAACUAAGAAAGGAGAGAAUUUAUAAUGGUUGACUGAGAUAGUAUGUACGACCUGAUCUUCGCCUUGAAUUUUGCAGAAAAGUCUCUUUCUUUGAACAAGAAGGGAGGGAACCCCAAAGCUCAACAGCCGCAAAAGCAAAACUAUUCUUAACGUAGUUUGUUCUUGCUUUGGGCAUGUAGAAGGACAACUUAACCUUCAAGGGUUGACGUAAACCCGCGCGCCCAUUUCUUUCGUCAACACUUACGUUUCUGCUUACGUUCGCUUUUCACGCGUGUGAACGGGAACAACUUAAACGCAAGCACAAAUGCAAGGUGGAAAGUGCUCAACUGUUAUGUUGGGUUACAGAAUGAUCAAGUGCACUUUUGUAUCUCUGUGCCUGUGUUUGCGUUGGACGUGGUAACUUGUCUGCCUCGUUCCUAGGCGUCUCAAGUGUGUUUGGGAAACGGAACACGCGACUUCAAGCGACAGUAUCGCGCAAUGGACCAUGGAAACGUUUAGCGUUGACGCAAAGGGCGCUGGGAAGGGUGAACGCCUUUCUCAUGAUACUAUGAUCCAGUCACUCUCCAAUCCGCCAGAACGCACCUGGGUACGAGGCAAGGAACUUGUGCUUCCGCUAGCAAAACAAAUAUUAAAUGUUUCCAAGGAAGUUGUAGAAAGUGCAACUUUUGUCCACACCAUAGAAUAAAAAAAAUCUUUAUUAUUAUUAUUAUUAUUAUUAUUAUCAUCAUCAUUUACUGAUUUAUUUGAUUUGACCUUUAAACAAUCUGUUCAAAUUCUUUUCGUCUGUUCUUUUUUUAGCUGUGGGCGUAACACAGACUACGAAGUCAUUUUACAAAGCUGUGCACUCAGUGAUUACCAAAGUCCUAACUGCUAAUGGUUACUCUGAAGUGAACCUUUCGAAAUUGUUUAGUAGUUUCUUCGUGUAG